GAAUCAGGUGGUGGAGAGGAGGAGAGAGAGCAGUGCCCUCUGGCACCUGUUUCCAAGCAAUGACCUCAAAGGCCAAGAAGCGGGUGGUCCUUCCCACACGCCCCGAGCCCCCCAACACAGAACAGAUUCUUGAAGAUGUCCAGCGUGCCCAGCCCAACGACCCCGUUUUUGUCCUCCUGGUGGAGCCCAAUGAAGAUUUGCCUACCCCAACGAAGAAUGAGGAUCCAGAGGCCAAGAGAGAACGCCUGUACCGGCUGACCCAGUCCUACGUGGAGAUGAAUCACCGCCUCCAGAAGGCCUGCAGUUUGCUCAAGGAGAAGUGCGAGGAGCUGAAACUGGCCGGAGCAACCCUGGAGCAGGGCAUUUUAGAGAUGAAGCAGAGGGCGUUGUGAGAGACUUUUUUUGGGGGGGAGGUGACCGCAGUCGAGUGUGACCCGCCUUCUCCCCCCCCCCCUUGCAGGAUCCUAUGCCAUGCUUUGAACUAACGGACUCGCCAUUGUGAUGUGAUUUCAGCAUGCCUACGCUACACAUCUUCAACACCGUCUUGUGUUUUAGGUUCCGUGAAUUGUGCGCUCAAGCCAGCUGCCUGCUACAAGCCUCUUGAGGGCCUGGAUCUCUUCACUGUGCUCAUGCUGAGAUGCCCAGUUGUGCAGUUAGCGUUGUUUUUAUUGUUUUGGCCCUAGAUUCCCUGUUGCUCUUAGUUCUCCGCGGCUCCAUUUGGCCCUCGUUUUGUUUCCUUCACACAGACCUUCAGAACCAAAACAGCUCCCUUUGGGGAAAGCUGAGGGGAGGUUUCCACAGAGUUCACACACACAGAGAUAGGCCGGGACAAGUGGUUCUUUGUGGGAGAGGUGGGGUGGGGGUGGAGGUGACAAAAAAAUCACCGCUUGCCCCAGGGGCAGCUUCCCCCAUAAUUUUUAUGCCAUGACAUCUCCUUUGUUCCAAUACGAUUUCUCUCUCUGGUACUGCCUGGAGGAUGACGCCAUUGCCACCGCUAUCCAUGAGAUGCUGGUUGCCUGUGGUUUCCAUGGCUACGUCGAACAUCAGGACCACGUGGCCGGGAAGUCGGUCUUGGCCUCAGUGAACGAGAUCAUCCAAAGCAGCCGACUUGCCAUCGUCCUCUUGACCCCCCAUUCGGUGACUGACCCUUGGUGCCAGCGCAUUUUGGACUGGAACCUGGUCCAUACCGUACACCAGAAGGGGGCAAAGGUCAUCCCGGUUUAUGUGGACGUCACUCCGGAACAAAUGCCUCCCACUUUGAGACACCUGACCGGACUCAAAUACAGAGAGAGAUACUUUAAGAAGCGGCUGCUCGACAGCUUGAAGAAGACCAGGGCAACCUGCUGCCCCAGCACCACAGGCUAAAAAAAAAAAAAGCACUGUUGCUUUUUUGUGAUGGACUUGAGAAGUAGACUUGGGGAGCGGGUGGUCGGGCGGGAGGGGAAACGACCAAGGCAGCUUGGUCAUUCCAUUCGGACCAUCACCAGAAGUGUAUCCGAUUCAUUUUGGUGUUUUGACAUAGGCCCCCAUUGUGUUGUGGGUGAUAACCGUGAAAAAAAAAA